AAGGCUCGGGGGACCAGGACGAGAGGAGGAGGAGGAGGAGGGGAGGAAGAAAGAGAAUCACAGCUGUUGCUGGUGCUGCUGGUCUUGCUCGCUUGCUGUGCUGAGGUCGAGGUUUGCGUUGGGUAGCUCGCUAGAUCUCCAGCAGCUGAUGCCGAUGCUGCUGCCUCUUGCUUCUUUCCGACGACGUGCAUCGAGCUUUGAAUCGUCUUGUUCUGUGUCGAAGCUGCGGCGGUCAAUCACGCAGAGCCUGGAGAUUUGGCGAAGCUACUGAGCCUCCCGCGCUAGAGAGAGAGAGAGAGAGAGAGAGAGAGAGAGAGAGAGAGAUCGGAUUUAUUGUGAAGAGGGAAAAUUGCGACGGACGAUCGCUAGAGAAAGACAGUUCACAAUCUGAGAGAGAGAGAGAGAGAGAGAGAGAGAGAGAGAGAGAGAGAGAGAGAGAGAGAGAGAGAGAGAGAGAGAGAGAGAGAGAGAGAGAGAGAGAGAGAGAGAGAGAGAGAGAGAGAGAGAGAGAGAGAUCUCCAGUACUGGUGUUUGGUUUGUGCAGGAAGAUGGAAUGUGAGUGAGGAGGAAAGAGGAGGACGAGAGGGGGCGAGGGAAAGGAGACUGAAGAUUUUGUGGACAGCGUGGGACUCUCGCGGAGGCCUGCCUCGCGGGGCUAUGAGUCGCGGGUCAGGAAGGACGGCAAAUGUGUAUGCUACUGGCGUGGAAAGCAGGGCGCAGGCUUGAGGAGGAGGCCGAGAGGAAGGCGCAUUUGCCGAGCCUGUUAGACGAGGUGAAGUAUCGAAGGAGGCUACUGGCGUGGAAAGCAGGGCGCAGGCUUGAGGAGGAGGCCGAGAGGAAGGCGCAUUUGCCGAGCCUGUUAGACGAGGUGAAGUAUCGAAGGAGGCCGAGGAGGGGAGAAGAAUGACAUGAGGAAUCGAGAGUUGGCGCAGGUGGUAAAAACCUGUCGCCACUGGAUGAGUAGCCGAAGUUGCACAAGCGAGCAAGUGCUGUUAGCGACAGUGGUAUCGUUACACGGGGAAAUAAGGCUGGAAGAGUGUAUUAGAAGGGCAGGUUGAUCUAUCGCUGGAAACGAACUCUGGAAUCUCUGGAAAAGACUAGUCAUGCAGCAUCCUUGGUUCCUCGAUAGAGUGUGGCUGCUGUUGCUGUUGCUUCUUCAUGGUCCGGUGUAUACUCGGGCCAAUUAUGAAGGUGACGCACUUCAUGCAUUAAGACAAGCUCUCGAAGAUCCAAGUCAGGUGCUACAAAGUUGGGAUCCCUCACUAGUGAAUCCAUGCACAUGGUUUCACGUUACCUGCAAUACAGAGAACAAUGUCGUUCGAGUGGAUUUGGGCAAUGCCAUGCUUUCAGGAGGUUUGGUGCCUCAGCUGGGUAUCCUUACACAGCUCCAGUACUUGGAGUUGUAUAGCAAUAACAUUUCUGGAAAUAUUCCCAAGGAGUUGGGUAAUCUAACUAAUCUAGUCAGUCUUGAUUUGUAUCAAAAUCGGUUUACGGGGCCAAUUCCAGAGGAGCUUGGGAAGCUGCAGAUGCUGAGAUUUCUUCGAUUGAACAACAACUCCUUGACAGACCAGAUACCAAUGUCCCUUACGGAAAUUACCGGCUUACAAGUGCUUGAUCUGUCAAAUAAUAAUCUCAGCGGUGAAGUUCCAACUAAUGGAUCUUUCUCUCUUUUCACCCCUAUCAGUUUCAACGGGAAUCCUGAUCUUUGUGGCGCGGCUGUUGGAAAACAAUGUGAAGGCGGACCUCCGCUAUCUCCACCACCUCCCGUGCAAGCCCCUCCUUCACCACCUACUGCUAAUCCAAAUCCGUCUUCUCAGACUGGCGCAAUCGCCGGUGGAGUCGCAGCCGGUGCGGCUCUUCUCUUUGCCGCUCCCGCUAUCGGCUUUGCAUGGUGGAGGCGCCGUCGACCUCAAGAAGCCUUUUUCGAUGUCCCAGCUGAAGAAGAUCCAGAAGUCCAUUUAGGACAAUUGAAGCGAUUUUCACUUCGGGAACUGCAAGUCGCUACUGAUAACUUCAACAACAAGAACAUUUUGGGGAGAGGAGGGUUUGGUAAGGUGUACAAGGGUCGUCUGGCUGACGGCUCCUUGGUAGCCGUGAAGCGCCUCAAGGAGGAACGCAGUCCGGGUGGUGAGCUACAGUUUCAAACUGAGGUUGAGAUGAUUAGUAUGGCAGUACAUCGCAACCUGCUCCGGCUCCGAGGGUUUUGUAUGACCCCCACCGAACGGCUGCUUGUAUAUCCCUUCAUGCCAAAUGGCAGUGUGGCAUCGCGCCUUCGAGAACGUAGGUCAGAAGAUGCACCUCUGGACUGGCCAACGCGGAAGCGUAUUUCUCUGGGAUCGGCUCGGGGCUUGUCGUAUUUGCAUGAUCACUGUGAUCCAAAAAUCAUACAUCGUGAUGUCAAGGCCGCCAACAUUUUGCUGGACGAGGAGUUCGAGGCCGUGGUCGGUGAUUUCGGGCUCGCAAAGCUCAUGGACUACAAGGACACUCAUGUGACGACUGCAGUUCGCGGAACCAUAGGUCAUAUUGCACCAGAGUACUUGUCCACGGGAAAAUCCUCCGAGAAAACGGACGUCUUCGGAUUUGGAAUCAUGCUUCUGGAGCUGAUCACCGGACAGCGGGCGUUUGACCUGGCACGCCUCGCUAACGACGACGAUGUUAUGCUUCUCGACUGGGUCAAAGGCCUUCUCCGAGAGAAAAAGGUUGAAUUUUUAGUGGAUCCCGAUUUGCUAGAGUACGACAAAGUCGAGGUGGAGCAGCUUAUUCAGGUAGCUCUACUAUGUACACAAAGCUCGCCGAUGGACCGACCGAAGAUGGCAGAGGUGGUGCGCAUGCUCUCAGGAGAUGGGUUAGCGGAGCGAUGGGAGGAAUGGCAGAAAGUGGAAGUGAUCCGCAGUCAAGAAGUCGAAAUGGUUCCUCAUAGAACAUCUGAAUGGAUCGUGGACUCCACAGAUAAUCUCCAUGCAGUCGAACUGUCAGGCCCAAGAUAGUUCCCAAACCCCAUUUUGCUUUUCUUUCAAAUUUAUAUCUUAUAAAGUUUACCCGUAACUUUGAACUGCAGCCUGUUCAGCAUGCUUGCUCCUGCCGCUCCUCUUGCUUCUAGUAUCUCACUAAUGCAGCACACGGUAGCCACUUACCAGUUAAAUUGUUUGGCAAAUUUUGAAGAAACACACAGCGGCCACGCACUGGUAGAUUGAUGGAUUCUACUUGUAGUUAUCUCCCUGCCACGUUAGGGACUUCUUAAUAGUCUACCAUGCCUAGAGAUCUCGAAAGAGCAAGAGAGGAGAAGAACGAGAGCUCACUUCAACACGGAAGAAAACAAGGAUUGCUUGAUUUACUACCUCCUUCGUAGACCACUAUUAGCGCACAUAGGAGAGCCUCCAAUUCAAAGAUCAGAUCCAGCUGUCCUUCGAAAAGGAUUUGCUUUCACCCUAUUAGUGCUUGUUUUCCUUAAAGCAAGUUCGGCAUUCAGGCACCACAAAAUCAUCUGGUCUAUGAACGUAGAAAGGGCCAUUGUAUGACCAAGGUAGAUUACUUUCUGAGCUGGGUGCGGGUCCAGACUACGGCUGUACAACCUCUGACACUCCACUCGCGCCGCUCAGUCACUUUGCCAGACCAUGUUUCCAAGAUUUUAUUUCUUACCACGUAGGGGCAAUUGAAGCCCUUCUCCUGUGAAUGAAAGACGUUUAUGUGGCUGUAUCACAAUACUCU